AUGGCUUCGAAGAACCCAACCUUGGGAUUUAGACUGACGCAUGUCGGCCUUCGUGUUACGGACAUGGACAGAUCCGUUGCGUUUUACACGGGUGCUUUUGGCAUGAAGGAAUUGGGCCGCAUGGAACUGGACACGACCACGGUUGUUUUCGUCGGUUAUCCUGAUGCAGCGGACCCUGAAACAAAACUCUUCGCUAGGGAAGGUAUACUAGAACUAAAUUCCCAGAAAAGCAUGAAGGACUCAAGUGACUAUCCGGAUUACCGAUUCGUCAAGCUGGCAAUCGGCGUGCCGGACAUGGCAAAGGCCGUGGAGUAUAUCAAAAGUCACAAUGUUAAAAUAGUCAAAGACGCUGGCGAGGCUCAGGGUUUAGAGGUGAUGUCUACGUUUUUGGGUUGCGAAACGCCCGACAAGGGAUUUGACAAGCCUUUGUGGGAUCUUGCCGUGGCUGUCCCUUUUGUGGAAGACCCAGAUGGAUACCUCAUUGAAUUAAUCCCGUAUUGA